AAAUUAUACAAGAAAUAAGAAUUAUCCAUAUCAUUUAAUUAUUCUUAACCACUUGUAGUGCAAAGAAAUUCACGGUUGCGCGUGCCAGAACAGUCGAGUGCAAAUCACUUCGGGACGCGUUCAGGAUUCUACAUUAUCUUGUCUUCUCCUUUUAUUUGUGCAAAUAAUAUCACAGGCUUCACUAUCACUUUCUAUUUUACAGUCUGGGGUCAAUACUGAUAACUUUACACGAUGAAGUGCAAGCAGAAACUGUGUCUUGGUCAUUUGGUAUAGUGCAUUCACAUACAAUUAUCUUACUCCUAUAAUGCCACAAUAUCGAGUGAUAAAUAAAUUCCAAACAUCAAUUUCAAUCAAUUCUCGGAUAUCUUUUGCAAAUGGUAGCCUAAAAAGAUAUCGUGAUAAAGAUAACAAACAGUAAUUCAUUAGUCAUGGGUUUGAAACAUUGUAAAGAAUUUUCAUCUACAGAUGACUAUGAGAGAGAACGAUAUAAAUCUACGGAAAAAGUGAUUAAAAAUAUCAAGAUUAUCUUAUACACGAUAUGGUAUGACUGCUCUUAUAUCUGCGUUGUUCUACAAAAAGAAGAAAAAAAGAAACGUUACUUAACAAAUUCCGAGUUUAUAAUGUCAACAAAUGGGGAUAAUAAGAGAAAAAUUCAUAUCUGUAAUCUAUGCAAUAAAGAACAAGAUAUUAGUAAAACACAUAAUAGAGGAUCAUGCUGUUGUUCUUGUAUACCAGAAAAAUAUGAUUAUAUAGAAGAUGUAGUAUGUAAAGAAAAUGAUAUUAGUGAAAAUGAAAUGAAAGUGGUAACUCUUGGGAAGAAUGAUGCUAAAGUUUUACUAGUAAAACAAAAAGGAGAAAUACAUGCACUUGGAACAAAAUGUACCCAUUAUGGAGCUCCAUUGCAUACAGGUGCAUUAAGAGACGGAAUAGUAAGAUGUCCAUGGCAUGGAGCAUGCUUCAAUAUCAAAACAGGUGAUAUAGAAGAUUAUCCAGGAUUAGACUCUUUACCUUGUUAUAAGGUAACUGUAGAUGAAGCAGGACUUGUGCAUGUUAAGGCAAAAGUUAAAGAUUUAGAAAUUAAUAAACGAGUUAAAGAUAUGUGUGAAUAUGAUGUUAAAAAUUCAAAAACAACUUUAAUUAUUGGUGGAGGUCCUGCAGCUGCAACAUGUGCUGAAAGCUUACGUCAAGAAGGUUUUACAGGAAAAAUUAUUUUAAUCAGUAAAGAAAAAGUAUUACCUUAUGAUAGAGUGAAAGUAUCUAAAGUAAUGAAUUUUGAUGUGAACAAAUUUUCUUUAAGACAACCAAGUUUUUAUAAUGAUCACAAAAUUGAAACAAAACUAGGUCGAGAAGCUAUAGGUCUAGAUACAAAUCAAAAUAUUAUUACGCUUGACAAUUCUGAAACACUAAAAUAUGAUUACUUAUUCCUUUGCACUGGUUGCAAAGCAAGAGUACCUGAUUUAUCAGGAGUGAAUUUAGAAAAUAUUUUUAUAUUACGCAAUUAUACUGAUUCACAUGCUGUACAACAAGUAUUACAUCCUAAUAAACAUUUGGUUAUAUAUGGGUUAGGUUUUAUUGGUAUGGAAGCAGCUUCUUAUUGCAUAGAUAAGUGCGCAUCUGUGACCAUCGUAGGACGAGAUAAAGUACCUUUAGAUACAAUUUUUGGUACAGAGAUUGGUAAUAGAAUUAGAGAGGAAUUUGAAACAAAAGGUAUUAAAUUUAUAUUUAAUAAUACUAUAUCAAAGUUUCUUCCUAAAGAAGGCAAUGAUAAUAUAUUAGGCAAAAUUGAACUGUCUAAUGGUAAUAUUCUUGAAGCAGAUAUAUGUAUUAUUGGAAUAGGUACAACAUUUUAUACAGAUUGGUUAAAAGAAUCAAAAAUUAAGAUGUUGGAUAAUGGUGGUAUUAUCGUAGAUAAGUAUUUGAAAACAAAUAUAGAAAAUGUAUAUGCUGGUGGUGACAUAGCUUAUGCUCCAGUAUUAGGUUCUGAUCAUAUUUCAGCUACUAUUGGCCAUUAUGGCUUAGCUCAUUAUCAUGGUAAAAUAGCAGCUUUAAAUAUUUGCAACAAAGAAACAGUUUUAUACAGUGUCCCAUUCUUUUGGACUACUUUAUUUGGAAAGAGUUAUAGAUAUGCAGGAUACGGCAAAUCAGAUAAAGUGAUCAUUUAUGGUUCUUUAGAAAACUUGCAAUAUUUUGCUUAUUAUGUAAAAGAUGGUAAAAUAAUAGCAAUGAGUAGUGUUGGAGCAGAUCCAGUUGUAGCAGAUUUUGCAAAUUUGUUGGCAGAGAAACAAAUCUUAAUGGAGGAUGAUAUUAAAAACAAUCCUUUUGGGUGGAUGUGUAAUAAAACUAAAGAUGUAAUAAAUAAAUUCCAACUAUUACAUGUUUAAUAGAAAUAGUUCUCUUUUUUGUAUAUCUUAUAUCUUUGCUUCUCAAAAUUAAUAUAUUGUAUUUAAAAAAAUGUAAAAAGAUUAUGUAAAAUGUAAAAAAAUAAAAAUAUAUGUAUAUAAAUAUAUACCUUCACCACAAUAAUGAAUUUUUAUAUUAUGAUUCUUUUUUCUUUUACUAAUAAUUUUACAAAACAAUUGCAAAUUAUUGUAUAAUUUUAUUAAUAUACUCAUUUAAGUUCUUUGUAUUAAUAUACUUAGAGAUGUAUUUUUGGUUUGUUGGUAAUAGCAGUUGGUAUAUAAAAAUAUUUAAUGUUCUAAGGACCUUGAACCAUCUUAAUGACAAACUUGAAAUUAUAUUGUUGUUACCCGAUAUCUAACCUAACGUAUUUUGAAAAAGCAUACCGACUUGUUUUUGUAUAGUGUAUGGUAUCUAUUGCCACAGUGAUCGUUGUUACGGCUUGUUUAUUU